AUGCCACAGUCGCGUAAGGAUUGGUUUCUUACGUCUCGUGCGUGUGAGCUCAAGCAAAGUAGUAUACUUGAGUAUCAGGAUUAUGUUCGUCUUAGUAAAUGCUGUACAUCAUCUCAAUUCGAAGAGGAUCUACAUCAAAUAGAGCUCGAUCUAGCACGUACGGGUGAAUCAAUUCGUCUCUUCCUACUACUUGAUGACAAACAUGCGACGUUUCAAGAUACUUUAGACGAUAAUACUAACAAUGAGAUAACAUCACAUGUAAUGAAUCAAUAUGUGCCUUUACUAAGAAAAAUACUAGUAGCAUAUUGUAUGAGAAAUCCACGAGUGGGGUAUGUCCAGGGUCAUGCAGAUGUAAUAUGUUUUCUAUUGGGUCAUAUAAACAACAAACGUGACGAUGAAGAAACAUUCUGGGUCUAUGCUAGUGUUAUUGAAAGAGUCUUUCCAGAGGACUUUUUUGCACGAAAACCAAAGCUCCAUGGGUUUCAAGUGGACUGUAAAUUAUACCAUGAGUUGGUGGUAAGAAAACUUGUGCCACUACACCCUGUACUUGCCAAGGUUGAUCUACCUCUCGUAACAACCUUAUUGUCUUGCAAAUGGUUUGUAUCGCUUUGGGUUGGAGAAACGCCUUUGCCUGUACUCUGUGAGAUAUGGGAUGCCAUGCUUGGGGAAGAUGAUGGGACGAUACUGCACUUGUUAGUCGCACUGCACUUCUUGAAGCUCGCAAUUGACAAGAUUCAGCUUUACAUGGAAAUGGAGCAGUGGGAUUCAAGUUACAUCUAUAAGAUCGUUUUGGGCCAGUGUCAGAAUGCAACCGAGAUAUCUCUACAGACACUAUUUCAGCAAGGACGCACAUUAUACGGUCUAAAGGAUGAGUCGGUUGAAAACAUGCGAGCCGCACUUCGUCUUUUACCACUCUUACGCAAGGCUGAGCUCACGGUGCUUGCUAAGCAGACACAUUUCAACCAGUUGGAAAUGACACGACUUCAGGACGAAUUCACGUUUCUUCGUUUUCAAAGAAAAGCGCAUUGUCGUUCAAAGUUACGUGGUUUGCGGCAAGAUGAGAUAGAGCAUAUACUUGCACGGGAAUUUAACACGUGGCCAGACGAAAUACACGACCCAAUCUACCGUUUUCUAAAGCCUGACGGGUACGGAAAUGUGUCCUACUACAGUUUGAUUCAGUUUUUGUCGGUUGCAAGUCGUGGAACACCAGAAGAGAAAGCGCACCUAUUUUUUCAGAUUCUCAACCCCCGGUGUCGUAAAUACCUUGACCGGAAAGGCAUUCAACAACUUGCGGAUGUACUGUGUUGUCUCCUGACAAAUCGAAUGGUAGAGGAAGCUGACGGCAGGCAGCUACAUGUGUUACGGCGAAACGAGCACGGAGAUUCUAUCUCUGGCGCUGCAAAGAGCCCUUUGCUGCGGAGACACUUUCGAAAAAAAUUGCUGUCGCUAGCAACAUCAGAUGGUCAGCUCCAGUUCACUCAAUGGCUCAAAUAUGCUCUCGCGGACAGCGAGAUAGCUCAAUUAAUAGCGUGUGAGAAUACUCAGCGUCACUCAAGCAGGAUAAAAUCACACUCUUUAAUCUUCUUGGACAUGACUCCAAUCCAACCGACGCUUGGCCGUGCAUCGUCCGAAUCAUUUCUGCAUCAUCCUUCACACCCUUCCAAUACUGCCGAAACGUCAGAGCAUUGUUUACCGGAUGUCACCAAGUAUGGAGUCAAUGCUGCUCCAUUUUUGAAGAUCCACAGAGAGAAUGAAUCUGCAGAAAGACGUCAAGUCACUCUUCUUUCAAGCAACAUGACCAAGAAGUUUGAAACAUCUUGGCCACCUGCUGAGGCAGAGGUCCGAUGCUUCUUUGGAGAGCCUUUUGAAACCGGGUCACCAUACGUAUUCUGGUGCCAAUGUACAAUAAGCUGA